CGCUAUUGUUGCCACGCUCAUCCCAUUCUGGUCCAGAUCCAAAAAAAGCAACACCAAGUACGACCAACAAACUCGUCGAUGCAGACAAACCACAUGCGGGGCCCGAAGCUAUGUAGCGGAUCGACGCUGCCGACUCAACGACGUUAUUUUGACCUCUCGACGCACAGGCACUGGUCACAUGUUGCUGCUACUCCCGGUUAGAAAUGAUGGACGGCCGUCUGAACCGUUCUACCUCGCCUUUCAAACGUCGCCGGUCAACAAGUCUCUGAGCCUUUCGUCACACCGCACGUCUUUGGAACCGUCCAUCUUCUUCACACAACCCGGACGAUCUACUCUAAGAUUCGCUCUCAACUACGGAGAUUCGACCGGAGAUCCUCGUGCGGUAAUUGAACUCCGUUCGGACGUUGGGCUGGUCUCUUCUGGUCUCGAUGAACAGCCAUGGCCAUGAUCUGAAGGCCCAAAGGGAUCAUUGGCCGUCCGAGCUGCAACAGGGUCUUCCAACCCGGACCGCAGCGGGCAAAAAUGAGUUGUCGGCCUGAGCGAAUUGGAGGGUAUCGUUCGUGCCUGGAGACCCUUGUGCGAUAGAUGGAACCCGGGCGUUAAUGUGGCUGAUGACAAUAGUUCCGUCCGAAGGGCCGUCAAAGAGAGACCCAAGUCUUCAUCGUAGGUACC